GUUCUCCUGAAGACGAAUGUGACCAUAAAUGCUAUAAAAAUAAAAACUGUUUUGUUUUUACCACUGUGUCCGUUUAUGCUAACAAGGAAGUGCGCAAAUUAAUAUACAAAAAUCUCUAUAAUAAAUGUCACACUAUAUCUCACAGCAAGUGGUUGCAACAAAAGAGCGAGAGAGGCACACACUGGGCUUCCACCGGACACAAAGUCCACAAUAAAUCCCUAUUUAUUUCGAGUAAUUGCUUUGAAAACCCACGGAAAGAAGUGGAAAGACGGAAGCUGCCUGCCGGAGACUACGUGAUGGCUAAGAGAAUGAACGAAAACGCCUACUACUAUGCGCCACAGCCGCCAGCUGUGUUGGCCUAUGAACGCAUGCCUCGGCAAUCAAUUCCAGACAAUUCAAAUUCAGCUACAACUAAUGCCAGCGUAAGUGCUUUGGUUGCCGCUACUGCCUUCGACAGCGCAAAUGGCAUUGCUAAUGAUUUCAAUUACACAAGAUCAAGCAGCACCAGCAGCAACAGCUUUGGCAGCGACGUCCUUUCACCCAGCAAUCUCUCUUUCUCGUAUUUCUUACCUGCCGCAUCGUACGCCAUCCCUGAGCCGGAGUCACAGCCAACGACUUUCUCAGUGGUUUCGAAUGAUGUCAAGCCAGAUUUGAUUGAGCAGACCAACACUCUGCUGCUAAAUAAUUGUAGCAGUGAAAUUUCGGAUGAUAUGCUGCAGAUUAUUUUGGGGCCACCAACAACAACAACCGUGAGUGCGGGUGCGGGUGCGGGUGCGGGUGCUGUGGAUGGCACUAGCGACAAAUUUAAUUCAUUCUAUUUCUAUGAGACCGAACAGUUUGCAGUUUUAUGGAUACUAUUCGCAGUUAUAGUACUUGGUAACUCUACGGUGCUUUUUGUAAUGUUUGUAAAUAAGAACCGGAAAUCACGAAUGAACUACUUUAUCAAACAACUAGCAAUCGCAGAUCUCUCUGUUGGCCUGCUGCACGUACUGACCGACAUCAUCUGGCGCAUAACGAUCUCUUGGCGAGCGGGCAAUAUGGCCUGCAAGCUCAUUCGCUUCUCCCAGGUAUGCGUUACAUACUCGUCCACAUAUGUGCUGGUUGCAAUGAGUAUCGACCGGUACGAUGCCAUCACACAUCCAAUGAACUUCUCUAAAUCAUGGCGAAGAGCGAGGCAUCUUGUAGCGGCAGCGUGGACGGUUUCGGCUCUCUUUUCCUUACCCAUUUUGAUACUGUACGAAGAGAAACUUAUACAGGGUCAAAUGCAGUGUUGGAUAGAAUUGGGAUCGCCGCAAGCAUGGCAAGUUUACAUGUGUCUAGUGUCUGCGUCGCUAUUCGUCGUCCCAGCUAUGAUCAUUACCGCCUGCUACGCGAUUAUAGUGAAAACCAUCUGGGCAAAAGGAUCCAAUUUUAUUCCUGCAGAACGAAUCGGCUACAAUAACGCAGCAACGAGAAGAGCAAGCUCACGCGGAAUAAUACCUCGGGCCAAAGUAAAAACUGUCAAAAUGACUUUUGUGAUUGUAAUUGUAUUUAUAGUGUGUUGGUCGCCGUACAUUAUUUUCGACUUGUUGCAAGUAUUUGGAUACAUUCCACAAACUCAAGCCAACAUUGCUAUAGCAACAUUUAUACAGAGUCUGGCGCCGUUAAACUCUGCAGCUAACCCACUCAUUUAUUGCCUCUUUUCUUCGCAGGUAUUUCGAACGCUCAGUCGGUUUGCUCCUUUUAAAUGGUUUUCAUGCUGUUGCCGCUCUUAUCUGAAUAAUUCUUCACAAAAUCGCUGCAGCACAGUCAGUCGGCAUCUUCAUUACAGCUGUGAUUCAAUGCGCACUUUAACCACUUCGCUGACCGUAUCACGUCGAUCUAAUAAAACGGCCGCCCGUGUUGUUAUAUGCGAAAGAUCAAAAAAUCCGUUAGCUGCAUCGGAAGUUUAACAGCUCCACUAUAGGAAAACUUGUACAAUGUACAUAUACAUAUACACCUAAGCAAAUGAUAGUCAUCUGAAAUAUUUACUAACCUUGGUAUUUAUGUACAUAUCGAUGGCUGAGUGGAAGAACGC